AAUCCCAAAACAAAAGAGCAGAUUGAAAAUCUGUUACGGAAUGGGAUGAACAAGGAGCUGCGAGAUCGUCUUUGUUGCCGAAUGACUUUCGGGACUGCAGGACUUCGUUCUGCCAUGGGGGCAGGGUUUUGCUAUAUUAAUGACCUUACAGUAAUACAAUCAACACAAGGGAUGUACAAAUACCUUGAGAGAUGUUUCUCAGACUUCAAAGAGAGAGGCUUCGUUGUUGGGUAUGACACUCGGGGUCAAGUAACUAGCAGCUGCAGCAGCCAGAGGCUUGCUAAACUCACUGCUGCAGUCUUGUUGGCUAAAGAUGUUCCUGUGUACCUUUUUUCAAGAUAUGUUCCUACACCUUUUGUACCAUAUGCAGUCCAGGAGCUCAAAGCAGUUGCAGGUGUAAUGAUUACUGCAUCUCACAAUCGCAAGGAAGACAACGGAUACAAG